GAAAUCAAAAUCACGAGCCGCCCCGUCCCUCACCUUGAUUUUGUCACCUAGAUUGCAUAUCAGCCCAGCUUAGCUCCUCUGCUAGCUUCCUAGCACCAAUACACCACAAACCUGUCACCUGUCAAAGGAUCUGCAAAACUUAGCGUCAUAUUUGAGAAUAGAGCUAUCCGCACUAGUGAUAAGCUAAAUCGCGCCUUCGCCACUGUUGCCGUCGAGCCGCUUUACUACAUGGCUAAUCGUCCUGAUGCACAACCAGCUGCUGUGCAAAUUCCAAGGCCCGCUACUGUGACAAAUAGCAGAUGGUGAUGGCGUCUUCUCGCUUUCAUCUGCGUUCCUCCCCAUGGCGUUGCCAGCUCACAUAUUGCCAGUCCUCGCAUGCGCCUUGCUCGCCACUUCUGCAGCAGCCAUAGAAUUCAGCUCCUCCCUAUUCUCUCGGGAAAGCAUCCCAGAUAGAGCGGACACCGGCGCGACAACCUUUGAAAAUCAGGACUACCUUCACCAGUACUCAAAACCCGAAGGUUUUCCGGCGCAUCAUAGCGCAAGGCAUCCUCAACCCUUGGCUUUUCCUUUGACACACAAGUUCCGAUAUGGAGGACACGGAUCGACGCACGGCGGGCUCGUUACCGUUCGAUGGGACGCGCACAUGGCGGCGGUGCAGCGCGACUUGCGGCGCGUUCGACGCGGCAACAGGCGGCUGCAGAGCGAGGGCGACGAGGAGGUGGUGUUCGGGCUCGUCGGGAACGCGGACCCGCAGAUAGCUGGCCUGUACUUCGCGUCGGUGGCGCUGGGCUCGCCCCCGCAGCUGUUCAACGUGCAGGUCGACACGGGCAGCGACCUGCUCUGGGUCGCCUGCCAGCCGUGCCUCAAAUGCGCCACGCGCUCGCAAGUCGCGCCGCUCAACCCGCCCUUCAACGCGUCGCUCUCCGUCACCAACCGUCUCCUCCCGUGCGCCACGCCCGCCUGCCCGCGCUACCACCUCUCCGACAACGUCCUCCGCGGCUGCCCCGCGCCGGCCGUCGCGGCGGCGGCCGGCGUGCCGGCCGGCACGUGCCUGUACAUGCUGCGGUACGCGGACGGCAGCGCGUCAGUGGGCGUGCUCAUGAAGGACGUGCUCCACCUGCCGUGGACCGCCAGUGAGCCGCUGCCAGGAGGAGGUGGGGGAGGUGGGGGAGGUGCAGCUGGCGCAGGGAUUGCUGGUGGUGAUAGCUCAGUGGGUGCGGUUGCGAGGGCGAGUGGUAACCAGGCGGCUGGCGAAAGUGGCGAGUUGAAUAUCGUGGAGCCGCGAAGGAUUAACCAGGAAGAACCGGGUCAGAGUGCGGCCUCGCCGGGUGGCGGCGGCGGCGACGGGGCUGCUCAUAGCGGGGAUGGAGCGCAGGGAAGCGGCGGCAACACCUCUGCUAACGGCACGAAGUACCGGCCGGUCGUCACGUUCGGGUGCGGGUUCAACCAGUCCGGCAACCUGCUAGACGGCCCGCUGACAGUGGACGGCGUCCUGGGGCUCGGCCGCGGGGCGUCAUCGCUGCUGGCGCAGCUCGGCGCGCAGCACGCGCUCCCCCACGCGUUCGCGCACUGCUUGGGCGGGCCGGAGGGUGGGGGCGCGCUGUUCCUGGGGCGAGUUUCGUCCGCGAGCGCGCUGAGGGGCGUGCGGGGCGUGUGGCAGCAGACGGAGCUGUGGGAUAAACCAGACAGCACGCAGUACAUCAUCGGCCUGGCAGGCAUCGCCAUCGCCGGUGUGCCCCUCGCCUGGCAACCUGCCGCCCCUGCCGCCUCUGCUGCUGAUGCCACUGCUGCCAGAGAUGCCGCCAUUGCUGCUGCUGCUGCUGCUGCUGCUGCCACCCCCCAAACCAGCUCGUUCGCUGCUACAGCAGGCAAUGCUUCAGGCUCGGCAUCUGCAGGAGGCUCGGCAGCAGGUCUGGUGCCAUGCGUGUUGGACAGCGGCACGUCUCUCACAUACCUGCCGGACUCGCUCUACCAGGCGCUCACUGCCGCCUUGGUUCAAGCCAUCGACCUGCCGCUGCUGGCCUUUGCGCAGACGGAGGGCCACUUCUGCUACAACCUGGGCGACGGCAGGCUCCCCUGGCCCCGAGCGCGCUACCUGUUCCCCGACCUGACUCUCACGUUCGGCAACGGGGCUCGCAUGGUGCUGCCGCCCGAGAAUUACAUCCUGCUGCUCGCCACCACUGCUGGGUUUGAGGUGCCGUGCAUCGCGUGGCAGAGUGCGGGCUCCGACUCCUCCCUGGCCGUGCUGGGCGACCUCGCUCUGCGCAAUCUGCUGAUCGAGUUUGAUGUGGAGGCCAACAUCGUGCGUUGGCUGCCCUCCCAAUGCUCCCAGAUCCUGCACUCCCCAGGACAGAGGCCAGACCCAAUCGAUGCUGCCGCUGCUGCAGCCGAUGCAGCAGAGGCCUUUCCAGAGAGCUCCGAUUGGCUGGCCUCCCUCCUUCCUGGAAUGGGUGGGAACACCGGGACAAGCAACCCCAGUGCCAGUAUGCCCUCGCAAAACCCAGUGCUGCCAUUGAACCCCCAAGUUGUGGGCCCUGGCAGCACGGACCCCUCUUCGAAUCCCACCGCCACCGGUGGCAAUAAUAACAACCCCAAUGGAAAUGCUGGUGCGCUGAAUGUGCUGGGAGGCGCAUCUAGUGCAGGUGGAUCUGGUGCAUCGCCCUUUGGGCUUCCUGCCUCUGAUGCUGCCCUGUCAAGCACCUGUAGAGGAGCAUCUGUGCUGCUGCGUCUGCUGCUGGCAGUCGCCUGUGCUGCACUACUAGCCUUCUGAGGGUUGCUCAAUAAGAUGCUUUCUUUUGGUGAUUCUACACUUGCAUUGUACUAUAUUACUGUACGUGAACAAUGUUU